GUUUUGGUGAAGCUGGUAUACCUAAUCUUAAAUGGUUUGGAGUUGACAAGGAUUACAAUGUUAUGGUCAUUGAUCUUCUUGGUCCAAGUUUGGAAGAUCUCUUCAACUACUGCAAUAGGAAGUUCUCUCUGAAAACUGUGUUGAUGCUUGCAGAUCAGCUGGGAAAACAAAAAUCUAACUGGCACAGCUCGUUAUGCUAGUAUUAAUACACACCUUGGCAUUGAACAGAGCAGAAGAGAUGAUUUGGAAGCUUUGGGUUAUGUACUUAUGUACUUUCUUAGAGGAAGCCUUCCAUGGCAGGGAUUAAGAGCUGGUAAUAAGAAGCAGAAGUAUGACAAAAUCAUGGAAAAGAAACUCUCAACUUCUAUAGAGGGUCUAUGCAAAUCAUACCCCUCUGAGUUUAUUUCUUAUUUCCAUUACUGUCGAUCAUUACGCUUUGAAGACAAACCUGCAUAUUCAUAUCUCAAGCAGCUUUUCCGAGACUUAUUUAUCCGCGAAGGUUAUCAAUUUGACUAUGUAUUUGAUUGGACAAUUUUGAGAUAUCCUCAAAUUGGCAACAGUUCAACAGGAAGAUGGGAAUGCAGGAUUAGGAGCUUGGCCAUCUGCAGGACCAGAAAGGACAAAAACAGCAGAUGUGAGGGAGCAGUUUACUAGUGGCAUUGAAGAAUAUUCUAGGAGACAUACAUCAGGAGCCGGUCGGCAUGGUGAACACGCAAGACAUAGAUCAGAUGAUAUACCUUCAUCUAAAGAUGUGCAAGCUGAUGAUUCAGAGAAGGCCCAAACAUCAAGAAACGGUAGUUCUUCAGAAAGAGAAGUAGCCAGUUCAACCCGCAAACCAACCAGCUCUUCUGCUGAAGCCACUUAUGGUGGUGGUGGUGGGUCCAGCAGAGAAGUCGUGUCAAGCAUCGGCCAUUCAUCAUCAGCUUUCUCCCAUUCUAGGGGACCUUCUGAUAACCCUGUUAGGAGCUUUGAGUUCCUGUCAAUAAGAAAGUGAAAGAUAGAGUCAUUUUGUCUUUAAAUUGGUCACUUUUAGGUCCUGUUUAAAGAAAAUCAUAUCCAUAUAGAACGUAUAAAUUCAAAUAUGUUAUUUAUAAGCAGGGGCCUUCUUGUCCGGCAUAUCAAUAUCUGAUUAUCUCAGUAAUGGCCAAUAGGCUGUA